GUGCCUAUAGCUUGGGCUGCGAUCCUCUACUUCCAAAACGGUGAGGCUGCCUUGCUAGCCUGCGUGGCGCUGUUGGGCGUAGGUGCUUUUCUGGCUUGUCUCGCCUGUGCCCACAUGAAUGAACUCACCAAAGCUGCGGCCAUCAUCCAGUUGUCCUGCGAGUGCGUGCUCUCCUCUCCUCUGCUGCAGCUCGGGCCCUUAGGGGUGCUUGCGACAAGACUCUGCACGACCGGCCUCAUGGUGUCUUGCCUCUUCAUCUCGCCGGCAGGUCUCUACUACAACCAUCAGCAUCAUCAUUUCAGGUUCGACUGCGGGCAGGACUCCUGUCCCGCCAACCUGACCUUCUUCGUCUGGUGGUUGGGCAUGUUCCUUUGGACGGAUAGCACGAUCACUGCGAGUUGGGAGUUCGGCGUCGCCUACCUGGCGUCUGCCUUCUACACGACUGGUGGUGCAUGCGAGGCGAAGCCCGGUACUCGAGAAAAUUGCGAGCAUCUGUCGCACUUCUUUUGGGUGCUGUUCCGGUUCCACUUCGGUACCAUGGUCAAGGCAGCCGUGAUCAUCGGAUUCUUGCGUCCCUUUCGCUUCCUUCUGGGAACGCUUACGGCAGCCGCUCGGAUAGAUCACAACCUGCUGGGCUCCUUCAUCUCCGUCUGCUGCGGCUGCGUCGUGGACGUCUACGAGCGCCACUUCGAGAAGUUCUCUGCAAAUGCUUACAUCGAGGUUGCGCUCUCCUCCGAGCCACUGUGGAGCGCUGCCAAGAAGGCAAGCGAGAUAAGCCACCUUCAGGUGAAAACUGCAGGAUCCCUCAACGGCACGACCUUCAUCUUUCAGUUGAUCUGUGGAGCGAUGGUGUGGUGGGCGGGGUACUUCAUCGUCUACUUGACCGUGGGCGGCUACAUCCCGGGCCUCGAAGGCUACGGGGACCCGUUCUCGGGACACUAUAUCGGCAACCCGCACCUGUGGUCCAAUGCUGGGGGAAUCCUGGCUGUGCUCGUGGCUUUUCCCUACAUGAUGGUUUUCGACGCAGCGUCAGACACCAUCCUCUACUGUGCCAUGAGUGACAAGGUGCGGCAGACGGACGGGACCGACGACUCUUCUUGGGCCGGGUGGUCAGACGUCGUGGGCCGCUUCUCCAAAGGCGUCGCGCAAGCGUUAAGCCUCAGCUCCAGCGACGAUGAGAGCUCCGGAACAUCUGGAAGCUCCUCUCUGUGGGGGUGA